AUUCCAUUGCCCGACUCCUUCAGGACAAGAAGGUUCCCGGAAAGUGGAAAGCGAGAUGAGGGCAGGAGCAGCAUUCAACGCGACGGCGGCAGUGGAGGUGCCAGCUGCGGCGGUGGGAGGAGGCCACUCGGGGUGGCGCUCGCCGGUGCCGUACCUGUUCGGGGGACUGGCUGCCAUGCUGGGGCUCAUCGCCUUCGCCCUCCUCCUCCUUGCCUGCUCGUACUGGAAGCUAUCGGGGUACCUCGACGGUGGCGACGACGGCAGUGGCGUCGAGCCGGGCGCCAAGACGGGAGCGGAGGUGGCGAUGCCGGUCGCGUGCUACGAGGAGAAGUUCGUGGUGAUCAUGGCCGGGGAUGAGAAGCCGACGUACCUGGCAACGCCCGUCUCGAGCCGAGCAUCGUCGUUUGGUGAUCACACCAGUAAGGAAGACAAUAACAACGAUAAGGACAUGCUUGAGGACUGUAUAGGGACUGGAAAUGAGACCGAGAAUAAGGAUCAUAUCCGAGGACAGUCUGAGAACCAAAACUUGGAUGUAUAAGGCUUUUCUCCUUUUCUUCCUUUUUCCUCCUUUUGGAGUCAGGAAAUGACUUGGCCUAAGAAUUUUCAUUGUGGGAGAAGUCGUAGAAGAUAGCUUCUUUGCUGCA